GAGUCCAGAGAGUGUGUGGAGAGUGUCAGAGUGAACGAGGGCUGAAAGAGUGCCGUGGUGUGACGUAUGGGCUGCUGCUUGUGCUGCUGCUGUGUGUGACGUGUGUGAAGAAGGAGUCUGGAUACCUGUUUGCUGCUUUUACUUGUGCCGAGGAGAGGGUGACUGAUGGAUUAUCUAAGUUUUUAUGUAGCCUUUUUAUAGGUAACAGCCAUGUAAAUGUGGGUCUGUGGAGCCUGACUGAGUGAUUGGAGGUGAAUGUGUGUGUGCUUGUGCUUGUUUUGUAGAUAGAUCCAUUAAUUUUCAUGUGAAGUAAAUACUUUGUGUGUGACCUCAGUGAGUUUUGUAAGCGUGUGUGUGUGUGUGUGGGUGUGUGUGUACAUGCUACUGUGCGGUUGCCACCAGUGGUGCUGACUUAUCAGAUGUGUGUACGAUGGUGUGUGUGUGAAAUGCUGCGCCUGGGCGUGCUCUAGUUGAUCUGUUAGUGGUUUCGUGUGUGACGGCACGUUUUGGGUGGCGGCGUGCAUGAGUGCGUGCGUGCGUCGGGGCGAUGUACCGGCGUUCCCCCUGUGCCAGAGGAAGGGUUCAUUUUGACUUCAGUGAGGAAGUCAUCAGGAAACUCCACGCCACCAACCACGGCCACGCUCACAGUUUCGAUGUGGAGAAUGGCCCGUCUGCCAGCUGCAGCCCCCUGGAUCCCCAGGCCUCCCCCGGCUCUGGUCUGGUCCUCCACACUAACUUCCCCGGUCAUAACCAGCGGCGAGAGUCCUUCCUCUACCGCUCCGACAGCGACUAUGAUCUGUCACCCAAGUCCAUGUCACGAAACUCCUCCAUCGCCUCCGAACUACAUGGUGAUGACCUGAUCGUAACGCCUUUUGCUCAGGUUCUGGCAAGCCUUCGAAGUGUGAGGAAUAACUUCACUGUACUGACCAAUGUCCAGUGUGCCUCCAGCAAGAGGUCCCCUGCAGCAACAACUCAGCCUCCGAUCACCAGAGUCUGCCUCCCAGAUGAGGCGUACCAGAAACUGGCUAUGGAGACGAUGGAGGAGCUGGACUGGUGUCUGGACCAGCUGGAGACCAUCCAGACCUACCGCUCCGUCAGCGACAUGGCCUCCAACAAGUUCAAGAGAAUGUUGAAUCGGGAGUUGACGCACCUAUCCGAGAUGAGUCGGUCUGGGAAUCAGGUUUCCGAAUUCAUCUCCAACACCUUCCUGGACAAACAGAACGAAGUGGAGAUCCCGUCGCCGACGUCCAAGACGCGAGAGAAGAAGAAGCAGCAGAAGCAACAGCUGAUGACACAGAUCAGCGGGGUCAAGAAGGUCUCCCACGGGCCCUCGCUCUCCAGCAGCAGCAUCUCACGCUUCGGCGUCAAGACAGAUAAAGAGGAGCUGCUGUCCAAGGAGCUGGAGGACCUCAACAAGUGGGGCCUGAACAUCUUCACGGUUUCAGAGUAUUCCCACAACCGGCCUCUUACCUGCAUCAUGUAUGCCAUCUUCCAGGAGCGAGACCUGUUAAAGACAUUUAAGAUCCCCAUGGAUACGUUUGUUGCCUACAUGAUGACGUUGGAAGAUCACUAUCAUUCAGAUGUGGCCUACCAUAACAGCCUGCAUGCCGCUGACGUAGCCCAAUCCACACACAUCCUGCUCUCCACUCCAGCCCUGGAUGCGGUCUUCACAGAUCUUGAGAUCCUAGCAGCCAUUUUUGCUGCAGCUAUCCAUGAUGUGGACCAUCCUGGAGUAUCAAACCAGUUCCUGAUCAAUACCAACUCUGAGCUGGCGUUGAUGUACAACGAUGAGUCUGUGCUGGAGAACCAUCACUUGGCCGUGGGAUUCAAGCUGCUGCAGGAGGACAACUGCGAUAUCUUCCAGAACCUCACUAAGAAGCAGCGACAGUCCCUGCGCAAGAUGGUCAUCGACAUGGUUUUGGCCACUGACAUGUCCAAACACAUGAGUCUGCUGGCUGACCUGAAGACGAUGGUGGAGACUAAGAAGGUGACGAGCUCUGGAGUGCUGCUGCUGGACAAUUACACCGACAGAAUACAGGUGCUGCGUAACAUGGUGCACUGUGCUGACCUGAGCAACCCCACUAAGUCCCUGGAGCUGUAUCGUCAGUGGACUGAUCGGAUAAUGGAGGAGUUCUUCCACCAGGGAGACAGAGAGAGGGAGAGGGGAAUGGAGAUCAGCCCUAUGUGUGACAAACACACAGCCUCGGUGGAGAAGAGCCAGGUGGGCUUUAUCGACUACAUCGUGCACCCUCUGUGGGAGACCUGGGCUGAUCUGGUCCACCCUGACGCCCAGGACAUUUUGGACACGCUGGAGGACAACAGGAACUGGUACCAGAGCAUGAUCCCCCAGAGUCCCUCCCCGCCGUUCUACGACCAGGGCACGCACGGACACAGUGGAGGCGGUGGGGGGCAGGGAGGCGGAGGGGAGAAAUUUCAGUUUGAGCUGACCUUGGAGGAGGAGGACUUGGAUGGAAUAGAGAAAGACGGCGAAGAGGAGGAAGAAGAGGAAGAGUUAGACGAGGAGGAGGACAGUCUAGGAGACACUCGUUCUCCUCCCCUGAAUUAUUUGGACGUUCAGGAGGACGAGGAGGGCGGCAUGAUGGAGCCCACGUCGGCAAUCGAGAUCGUGACACAUGAGGCUUCACCCACAGACACAUAGAGCUUCCACCACCGGGCUCACAUGGUGAUGUGAAAGUUUUUUUUGGAAGAAGAGGGGAGAUCCUCUUGCAGAUGUGCUUUUUAAUAAGCCCACAGAAGCAAGGGCUUAGUUUCGUCCCGCACGGGGGCGUCUUGCACUUGGGUGUUUGAAGCCAGACACGGACGGGCAGUUUCAGUGAGGCGGCUUCAGAGUUCUCAGGAAAUAAUUACUGCGAACAUUUUAGUCUUGAUGGACAGGCGAGACCGAGGGUGGAACUUGAAGGAUUCUGGCCAGUUUGGGAAAUUGUUACUUUUCUUUUCUGGACUGGCAUUAAAUGGACAUUGACACUACUGAGAGAAGUUUUGUACCUUAAGACUUUUUUACAGAUAUGAUAUGAUCUAGAAGUAGCAUAGAGUAAGAUCUACUGAUGGAGACACAUUUGUAUAGCAAGAGAAAGUGUUUACUUUUUUCCUGUACCAUUUGUCAAAGGACUUUUGUGUGCCUUUUUUACUAUUGUCUUUAUAAUAGUUUUUUAUUUAUUGAACACUCUAGUAUGUCUGUGAAAUGUUUUUUUUUUCUUAUCUGACAGAGCAAAAUCUUUUUUGUAUGUUAAAAAGAGAACAGUCUUCCAUGUAUUGGGCAAUAGAGAAAUCCAAACAAACGUUGACAAACAACUCUCGGACAAACUCAUCCAAAUAGGGAAACAUUAACGCCUACAUCACACGCACAUUUUGUCGCAUCUGUUUUUCACUCUGAGCACAAUGUUUUUCUUUUCAUGUGGAAUUCAAACGUGUGUGUUCGCUCAUGGUUCGUGUUACGUGUUUAGUUUGUUGCUCUGCAUGUCACAUGUCAGUCAAUGAAUGUCACAGUCUCACUGAAAUACAUGACCUCUUUUCAUACUCCAUCUCUUUCUACAUCAUCUUUUAUUCUUUGGAACGGUCUGCAGACCAUUGGGGCGCUUCCAACAUUUUCACACCAAAACUUUUAAUGCAAAAUCCUCAUUGAGGAUAUGAAAUCCAACACUUGCACCUAUGUGGACAGAUAUUCCUGCCAAGCUUUCAGUAAAAUGAAUGCAACGUUUGAUUUAUAGGAUUUUGUCAUAAUUUUUGCAUCCAUGGUUGUCGUGUAGGUAUGAGAUAGAGGUUAGUCCAGUUCAAACCAUAAUAACCUACCACUGGAUAAUGUCAGCAGAAAAAAGAGCAGGUCUGAAAACAUACAGCUCAACGAACUGUUUAGAUCUAUGAUAAAAUCAGACAUGAAGUCUGCCAAGGACGAAAUGCACAACAGCAGUGAGUCUAUUUUUAGCCCACAGGUAUGCUGCAGUCUUAAUAAUCCUGUUAGUUGGAACGGGUCCUGACCCCAGACCCGUCUGAUGUAACGCCCCCCUGCCCCUUUGCAAUCAGGCCCAGACCAGAUGAUUAAAGGUGCUCUUAGAGCUGCCUGUCUGAAAGGCGCUCUCAUACCCUCAUCAGCGCCACUAUUCACAUGGUUUACAAACCCCUCUGGGCUCCACAGACACGACCCCAAAACAAUCAGGCCGGCUAUUUCUUCCUCACGAUAAAAUCCCUCAAGUGCAGCGUCUGCUCAUUGACGUCAAUUGAAUUUUUUCCCUUCCCCCUCCGCUGUAUCAGGUUUCCAGGACAGUGGGGUUAUUAGGAUUUGGCACAGAUGGAAUAACUGGAUUCAGCAUGGCAGACUGUACCCUUUUGAAAAAGAGGAAUAAUUAGGUGCUCUAGGUUUAAAACAAACUGUCUUUUUGUUUCUUCAUUAAUGCGAUGGGGAAUACGGAUUGGAAAUGGUUUGCAGACUUCAUAUUUCUGCUCCUGUGGCUUCCAUGACUAAUUUUUAUGGAUGUUCUACUAGCAUCUCUCCAUUUUCAUAUUGGUUUACUGAUAAACUCAAAGGUACUUCAUCUAACUUCACUCCAGCAUGCUUAAGUGGCAAUCGUUUGUGUGCAGUAUAUAUAUGUGUGGAAGGUUUUGUUUGUGUGUGUGUGUGUGUGUGUGUGUGUGUGUGUGUGUGUGUGUGUGUGUGUGUGUGUGUCUGUCUGAAUGUGUUGACUUUGUCAUCAGGCCUUACCCCCAUCACUCCACACCUUUGUCUCUACUGUUUGUUGCUAGGAGCUCAAGUUGGUCCUUUUUGCUGUUUAUAACAGUGUGUAUUUAUUCUAUACUUUAAGCUUGUACAUAAGAAAUACUGGUUCAGUGUAAAAUCUAUUUUAAUUUAUAUGCACUUGCAUUACCUGAAAGUGGUGGUGUCUAAUGUGUAGAAGACUCUGGAUUAGAGUCUUUUUAUAUAUGUAUUAUAUAUUGUUUUUAUAUACAUAUAAAUAUAUAUAAAUAUAUCUAAGUAUAUAUUCGCACAAUGUUUUGAGUGCCCAGCAGAGCAGCAGCUAGAGACACGUUGUUGUUGUCACAUGAGAACCUUAUAACUCCAAAGUAACAUUUAAUCUUUUGAUUUUACAUAAAAGUUUAAAUUGUGUUGUCUUUUUAUGUAACGUCACCGACAAGAAAAUGACAAACUCUAUAUUUAGCUUAUUAUGCAUGAAUAUUAAACCAAAAAUGCUCUCACUUCUGAAUCAUUUUGAAUUCUUAAUUACUAUCAUGGUAUUUUUUUCAGACUUCUGAAAAAUUGAGUUUUUGACUGUUAAAUUUCAUCUUAGUUACAUUUCUUAAAUGAAAGCCCAGAUUCCACAGAGGACUUUGAAUGCCCUCAUUCUGCUUCUUAGAUAAUUUUUGUAGUUUUUGUAGCUACAAGGUUUUCAUCUGACAGCAGCAAUUUGGUAACCCAGAGGCGACAUAGAGGACAUGUUAAACUGCAUAGGCUUGGAUACAGGAUACAUACAAGCUAGCUAAGGAACCGAGAAGCUUAGUCAAUGCUUGGCAUCAGAGUACACAAAUGGCUUAUUUUCUCUCAGCGGUUUGUCACAACCUAAGCUUCUCCACCCAGCAUUUGAAUGCAGAUUGCUGAUACACGAGGCCAGAUACAGGUUCGACUGACAAACACAAAGCGAUUGUCUCCUUUUACACUUAGCGCACUUCAUGUAAAAGUAGAUAACACGGGGACGGUAUUGGUAGCAUGCUACAAUACGCCCGGCACUGACGUGAAUCUUUCUGAAUUAACAACAAAUCAUGAUCUUAUGUGACUGAUUGUGCUAAUGUGUGAACUCUUUCUGACCAAACUUGUUAGCAGUUUUGAAAUUCAAAUUUGUCAGUAUUAACAUUGUUUAUCUAUGUUCAAGCUUUUUUGGUCAUAGUUGUGUCCAAAUGGUUAGCCAGAUUUAGCACUAUCUGCAUGAGAGAUGGUUUUUUUUUUUUAAUUGUCAAUAAUAUGUUCAAGUCCACCAGGUGUUGCAGGUGGGUUAUUAAAUGUUUCACACAAUGUAUGGUAUUAUAUUGUAUAUUGUGUUCAAAAAUAAAUCUGAAAUACUUUUUCUAUUAAGUGAUUAAAAGCAAAGCAUGAA